AUUCCUUUAAUAAUUUUAGUGUCAAUUAACUUUGAAUCAUGAGAGACAAUGAAUAUACUAAAAUUAUCGGAAAAAAUGUGAUUUUAGUACCUUACAAGGAGAAACACGUAAAAAGAUAUCACGAAUGGAUGAAGUCGGCAGAAUUACGAUAUUUUACAGGUUCAGAUAUUUUAACAUUAGAGGAAGAGAUUCAAAUGCAAAAGCAAUGGCAUCUGGAUCAAGACAAAUGUACCUUUAUAGUUUUGGAAAAAACUAUUUGUGAUGAAACUGGAAAUGAGAUAGAAGCUAUGAUUGGAGAUACAAAUUUAUUUUUUAAUGAUUUAAACCAGCCAAAUACUGCAGAAGUUGGAAUUAUGAUAGCAAAUAUUACUUAUAGAAGAAAAAAAAGAGGAUGGGAAGCAAUAAUUUUAAUGCUACUUUAUGGUAUUGAAAAAUUAAAUGCAACUAAAUACAUUGCAAAAAUUAAAUCUAAUAAUGAAGAAAGCAUAAAGAUGUUUGAAAAAUUAAGAUUUCAAAAGUUGAAAAGUUCAAUUCAAAAAAGGCCACUAUUUUUUAGUUCACUGGUAUAUGGUUCCUUUUAUACCGGUGCUGAAUUCGCACAACAAACAUACAGCAGAAUAUUCAAGUUUUCGUCAUCAACAAACAAUGAACAGAAAAGUGCACUUGAGAUUCAACGACCAUUGUUUAUCUGGAUAAAAAGGUUUAAUCAAAAAUUGGGCCUAUUAGACGAAAAUAAUUCGAUGCAAUUGGAAUAUUAUAAUUGGGCCCGACUUAAACGAUAUGCUAUUUACGGCUGUUUCAUUGCAGGACCAGUAUUACAUGGAUGGUACAAAUGGUUGGAUAUGUUCUAUAAAGGCAAAACAAUGAAAAUUGUUUUUAUAAAACUUCUGGUUGAUCAGUUUAUUCUUACACCGCCAUUAAUUAUGAUGUUCUUCAUCAGUAUGAGCCUAAUGGAGGGUAAAUCAAAUGUUCUUGAUGAAUGCAAAGACAAAUUUUUUCAAACGUUCAAGACUUCAUGCAUGUAUUGGAUACCAGUUCAAUUUUUGAACUUUUUAUUAGUACCGUCAACAUUACGAGUCUCUUUUGUUAGUAUUGCAGCUUUUUGUUGGGUAAACAUUCUUUGUUAUUUAAAAAGUACUCCUAUAUCUGAAUAG